AAUAUUUCUGUUUCUGUGUAUAGUCUGUGGUGCCAUCCUAAAGACGAAACGAGAAAUCUAUAAAAAAAUAUUUUUUAUGAAAAUAUCCUACAAAUUCAGUAAUAACUGAUAUUUUGAGAUGUGAAAUCAUAUAAUUAAUUUACAAUAUUUCUACAAUCAGUCAAAAAUGGGCACUAACGGCAAUGGUCGUCGCGGAGGAACGAAAAUACCUGAUGUUCGCCGCCCUAUGGAAGAAGGGGAUUGCGUUAACGACAUGGAGAGUCCCGAACUUGACUUCGUUUAUGAUGAUUGUGAUACUCAAGCCAAUGAAAUAGCUGAGUUAUACAGCUAUACUGAACAUCCAGAGUAUCAACUCAACGUCAAGGCAUUUGAAGACAUCAUGGAAGACUUCAAUUUUCCUCCAAGCUGGCAAAGAUUGACAAAUAAACAGCAACGUACUGUGAUAAUGAAGUUAUUGGAGCACUUGGAUGUGGCUGUCAGUGAGAUACGUAUGCGUGCAACCCGUUGUAUACUGUAUUUAGCUCAGGGAUGCUGGGCGGAGAUGCAGUCUGAUGCUGAGCAGGCUCACUGGGCGCGCGUCAACGUUAUGACGUUGUACGACAUGGGCACAUUUUCUGCCUUCGUUGAAUUAUUGAAUCUCGAAAUAGUUCGCAGUAGUUCUGCAAUAGCUUCCAGGAAACUAGCAGAAUCUCUGGCGGACUCUACUAACUUACGAGUUAUCUUGUCUGUUCUAUACCUCAUCACGGAAUACAUGAGAACUGAGAAGGACAAUCCUGAAUCUGAGUUCAAACAUUUGGUUAAAAACUUUAAAGAAGAACUGGGUUCUCCAUUUGGUGAAGAGUUGCUACCUGUAAAACUCCUAAGCAUGGUAACACAUCUUUGUGCAGGAACCACUCCACAUUUUCCUAUGAAAAAAGUGUUACUUCUUCUAUGGAAAGUUCUACUUGUUUAUUUAGGAGGCUCAAAGGAGUUAAAAGAAAGAAAGACUAGACUUAGAGAGAAAUAUAAUCUUCCACCUUCAUCAGAAGAUACUAUAGAAAUAGUUAAAGGUAUGAGAGCCAGUUCUCCUCCUCCAAGUGCGGCUGAUAUGUUGGAAAACCAAAAUCCGGGCCAGAGAAAGUUGCUAAAAGAAAAUGAUAGGGAGGGAAAAAUUCGCAGGCACCUUUUUAUGAAACAAACUUCACUAGAUGAGUCUGAUGAGCAAAUUUUUGUGGACAAGGAAGAAACCGGUAAUGGCUCAGAAGAUUACUCUAUGGAAUUUCAAUCCAUACCAAGCGAGGGUGGUCAAUCUGAGAACAACCCUAACUGUCCUUAUUACAUGUAUUUCAAACAGUUUGACAGUCCUCCUCCACCACCACCUCUUCCUAGAAGUCUUCCUUGGCAAUCAAAAGUACGUCAAAAAGACAUUGACACAUUUCUUGACAAUGUACGUAUUAAGUUUGUUGGAUACUCCCUUCCUGGAGAUAGGCAGACAACUGCAGGACUGCCUCAGCCCAUUCAUGAGGGAAUAGACAUUCUCAAAAAACAUGUUUACACUAGUCUUUCAGAAUUGCAAGCAGAAAGAGAACUUGAAAUUGCUCGCAGUCCUCUUACUAAAGGAGAAAAAGAGGUUGAAGACACAGAAGUUGAAAUACUGUACAGAGCUAUGUUUCCUAAUUUGCCACAAUACAUGAUUGCACUGCUUAAAAUUCUUCUAGCCGCAGCACCUACAUCAACUGCUAAAACAUAUUCUAUCAACAUAAUGGCUGAUUUAUUGCCUGAGGAGAUGCCCAUGACUGUACUUCAAUCACUCAAACUUGGUAUUGAUGUUAACAGGCAUAAAGAAAUUAUAGUUAAAGCAGUGACUGCUAUAUUGUUAUUGCUUUUGAAACAUUUUAAAUUAAAUCAUGUAUACCAAUUUGAGUUCAUGUCUCAGCAUCUUGUUUAUGCCAAUUGCAUGCCUUUAGUGCUAAAAUUCUUCAAUCAAAACAUUUUGUCAUAUGUUGGAGCUAAGAACUCUAUACCCAUAUUUGAUUUUCCAGCCUGUGUGAUUGGAGAACAGCCAGAAUUGACUAAAGAAUGUUUAGAUAUUGGAGAUUCUACUGUUCCAUACUCAUGGAGAAAUGUUUUUUCAUGCAUCAAUUUGCUGAGAAUUUUAAAUAAGUUAACUAAAUGGAAAAAUGCAAGAAUUAUGAUGCUUGUUGUUUUCAAAAGUGCACCUAUUUUAAAACGCACAUUGAAAGUGAGACAUGCAUUGAUGCAAUUUUAUGUAUUGAAAUUACUGAAAAUGCAGACUAAGUACCUGGGUCGUCAAUGGAGAAAAACAAAUAUGAAAACAAUCAGUGCAAUAUAUUCUAAGGUUCGUCACAGAUUGAACGAUGACUGGGCUUUUGGUAAUGAUGUUGAUGCAAGACCAUGGGAAUUCCAAGAUGAGGAGUGUGCUCUGAGAGUAUGUGUGGAUCGUUUUAAUUCUAGGAGGUAUGGCAGUGGUGGAGACCAAGAAAUAGAUUUGACACCUCUUGAGACCGACAUAAACAGUGUACUGGAAACCAACAUUGAACUUGAUGAAGAGUUCAAACAUAACUAUGAAUUAUGGCUUGAGCAAGAAGUUUAUAAUAAUGAAAUAAACUGGGAUGUAUUAUUGACUGCAUGAAGUUUCAUAAAACUCAUUCAAAUUAAUGCAAACCAAUUUGAGUUUUUGUACAGUUAGUUUAUAAUUUUAAAUAUCCACUAUUUCAUUCAGAAAUAUUUUAUUGAAUAGAUAAAUUUCAUAUAAUAACUUUAUUAACUUUUUUCUUUAUAAAUCUGUCUACUUAGUAGUUACUUAAUUAAGUUACACAUUGUUUUUUUAUAUUUAAAAUAAAACUAUCAUGACAGACUCAUAUUACAUAAAGUAAAUUACAUUAUAGUAUUAACUCAAAGUUAAAUUAUGAAUAUGCAUUAUCUUAGUCAAAUUAGACGUGAAAUGUGUGUAUUUUAAUGUAGUUUAAUAUUUAGAGCUUGUGGAUAAUGAAAUAUAAUAAAUCGUUUGUAUUUAAAUAGUAACUAGAUCAAUAUAGAACAGAACUGAACAUAACAUUUUGUUUUACAAUAAAAUUUCUUAUACCUAUAAUGAAAUUGGAGGAUUUGUUAACAUUUUAGGAUCUUCAACAAGCUUGACCUACCUACGUAAUUUAAUUAAAAACCGACAUUUAAAUAAAAAACGUAAAUAGAUAUUUUGUGUUUUGGAUCUGUAUACACCCUCAUGGAAUGUAACUUAAAUAAAUGUAUACAUCUACAAAGUGGUAUUAC